GUCCCCCCCUCUCCGCCCCCCAUCCCCAGUCCCUCCCCUCCCCCUUUUCGUCCCCUCCCCUCCCCUCUCUCCCUCCCACCCACCCACCCCAAGCCGUUUUCACAAACUCCUUUCUUACACCAGGUUUUUCCCCUCCCGCCGCCGGAGCGGGAGAUUCGGCUGGGGCCCGCUCCCCCCCUCCCCUCCCUCCCACCCCCCUUUCCCGCGACCCAUCGGACCCGGGACCCAGGUCGGUGCUCCCCCUCUUUUACCCCAGCAUCAUGCAUCGGACAACUCGGAUUAAGAUCACGGAACUGAACCCCCAUCUCAUGUGUGCCCUCUGUGGGGGGUACUUCAUCGACGCCACUACCAUUGUAGAAUGUCUGCAUUCCUUCUGCAAAACCUGCAUCGUCCGCUACCUGGAGACCAACAAGUACUGUCCCAUGUGCGACGUCCAGGUCCAUAAAACACGGCCCCUGCUGAGCAUCAGGUCAGACAAAACCCUUCAAGACAUCGUCUACAAACUGGUCCCUGGACUUUUCAAAGAUGAGAUGAAGCGCCGGCGAGAUUUCUACGCGGCCUACCCUCUGACGGAAGUCCCCAACGGCUCCAACGAAGACCGAGGUGAGGUCCUAGAACAGGAGAAGGGGGCCCUGAGUGAUGAUGAAAUCGUCAGCCUCUCCAUUGAAUUUUACGAGGGUGUCAGGGACAGGGAAGAGAAGAAGGGCGCCCUGGAGAAUGGGGACGGGGACAAGGAGAAAAAGACAGGGGUUCGGUUCCUGCGAUGUCCUGCAGCCAUGACGGUCAUGCACCUCGCCAAGUUUCUCCGUAACAAGAUGGAUGUGCCCAGCAAGUAUAAAGUGGAGGUGCUGUAUGAGGACGAACCCCUGAAGGAGUACUACACGCUCAUGGACAUUGCCUACAUUUACCCUUGGAGACGGAAUGGCCCUCUCCCCCUCAAGUACCGAGUCCAGCCGGCCUGCAAGCGGCUUCCUCUGCCCACCGUGGCGGCUCCCUCAGAAGGCACCAACACCAGCGGGGCGUCCGAGUGCGAGUCGGUCAGCGACAAGGCCCCCAGCCCCGCCACCCUGCCCGCCACCUCCUCCUCUCUGCCCAGCCCCGCGACUCCCUCCCAUGGCUCCCCCAGCUCGCACGGGCCGGCUGCCGCCCACCCCGCCUCCCCGAGCCCCACAUCUGCCCCAGGGGGCACUGCCAAUGGCGGCACCUCGAACUGCCUGCAGACACCGCCGUCUACCAGCAGGGGGCGCAAGAUGACUGUCAAUGGGACCCCAGUGCCCCCCUUGACAUGAGGACCAGGGUUUUCCUCCCUCCUGUUUGUGCGGCCUCUCUUCUCUGCCCUCUCCCCUUUUUGGCUUCCCUUCUUCCCUCCCUGGCCCAAGUUCCCUCUACCUUACCCUGAAGGGUAGAGGGGGGUUGGGCUUUAUAAAUAAAUUUAUCUAUAUAUAUAUAUAUACAUAUAUAUAUAUGUACAUAGGAAAACCAAAUAUACAUACUUAUUUUCUAUGGAUUAGCCAGAUUAAUUUAAAAGCUGCAGGAAACAGAGACCUUACAUGUGUGUGUGUGUGCAGGUACGGGUGCGGAUUGUGUGUGUUUGGGCUUUUUGUUUUUUUCAUUUCAUCCUUUAACGAAACUGCAUGACUUACUCUGGCUCCUUCCCCUUUUGGAUUAAACAUUUAGCUGGGAAGGGGCAGGGAAGUAGAGUCUUUGGGGGUGCGUCAGCCCCAUCCUCCUACUCUCCCCUCCCUUCGAGGAAUGGGCGGAGAUGUGAACCCCAUCCCCCCCAAGACCCCAAAGCUUUGGGUAGCCCCGGUCCUGCAGGGGCAGGUUUGGGAGAUGGGCUGUGACCAUAAAGGGGACGGGGGGUGGGGAGAGCUGACUCUCCAUUCCUCUGGCCUUUGCUCCCACCCACCCCCAUGCUUAACGCAGGGAGCAUUUCUCUGACAGUGCCUUUUGCAAAUGCAGUUUGUCCUUCGGUUCUGAGCGGGGAGACCCGGAGGGGUGGCUGGCAGUAGUCCCCAACCUCUCCCCUCUCCCCCUUCCCCAGCCUUGUAGCUUCUGUGCAUAGAUUAGGUUCUUUUUUCCUUUUGUUUGUGCCCUUUUUUGGCAUUAAUCUUGCUGAAGGAGAGAACUUGGGCGGGGGGACCGAGCUCCUGGACCCACCUAGAAGCUUUUCCAGUGUGGAUACUUUUCCCCUCCCUUCCCCCGACUCCCAUACCCCUCUUGCCAGGGGUUAACUGAGGCCGCAAGUGAAGUCCACGUUUGGGACUUUGUGGGGAGAGGGCAUUUGAACCUCACACAAGCACACUGACCCCAGACUUGGGAAAAGGCCCUGGGAGGGUCAGCAGUCCCCUCCCCCUUCUCCUACCCAGGGACCCCAAGUUCAGGACAGAUGUCAAGGGGGAUUCUCAAAGCACAAGACAAAGGUAGGAUUCCCAGUGCCCUUCUUUCCCCAGGACUGUUGCCUGCAGGCUGAACAGACACCUUGGUUUGGGGUGGGGUGGGGUGGGGUGGGCCCGGGGACAAGGCUCAAGUACUUGGUUACAGGCUGGCCCGUCCCUCCUACAAUGUAAAUAGUGAGAAGGUGGGAUGGGAUGAGGCGGCAGGGGUACGACCAACCAAAUGGCUUUGUCUGUGUGCAUCCUGUCCUUGUUGGGGGUUCUGUGAUCUGUUCGUGUUCCCUCCCUCCCUCCCCCGCCUUGGCGUUUGUACGACUAAUCAGCUUUGUAAUAAAUGCUGCAGAUUCUC